UUUGUUAUUUCAUUUCAGUUUUACCCUCAUAAUCCGUCUGCAAUGGGUGGUAUAUUUUUCCAUGAAGUGGCUCAUUUAAUUGGAGUACCGCAUCACAAUUCCGCUGGUUGUCUGAAGAUACCAGGUUACGAUCAUGACUGUACGCUGCAGCAGAUGGUCAACAUGUUGGAGAAGAAUCGUUGCCUGAGGCAUACCAAAAAACCCUCAUUUUUUACGUCAAUUACCGAUGAAAAUUCGUUACCACUAUGUGGUAAUGGUGUUAUUGAGGGCAUGGAAGAAUGCGAUUGUGGUCUGGACAAACUUUGCUAUAACUGGAAUUGCCGUGCUGAAGAAUGCAAACAGAUCGUGAAAACUUGGCAGAUUUAUCUCAGUUGCUGCGCAGCUGCUAUGCUUGUCAUGGUUGCCACCGUUUAUUAUACUUAUGGAUGCUGCCACCGUUGUAUUUUAUUGCGAUGCAAACUUGCUUGCUGUUCGAUUCAACAUCUGCAGCUCCUUUCUACUCUUAAAUCAACAGUUUAUCCGAAAAGCGGGUAUUUGUGGCACCACCGUAAUGCACGCAACUACACAGAAUCGCUGCGUCGAGCUGGAAACAGUUAUCUCGGUGCUGCUAAGCAUCACCUCAUUACAGCACCACAUAAGGUAAACCAGUCUUGGCUUUUGGUUUUUUUAUUUGAAUUUGGAAUUUUAUAA